AUGGCUGAUAUCAAUGGAAAGUCGAUGGACAACAACAUACGAUUCACUCUGAAUGGGAGGGCCGAGAACCAGCAGGAAUUUGCAUCCACCAUGGGUUUAGUACUUAGUUAUGCUUUGAACAUUACCAGUUUGCUUACUGGUGUGCUCAGGCUUGCUAGUUUGGCUGAGAAUAGUCUAAAUGCUGUUGAGCGUGUUGCCACUUAUAUAGAUUUGCCUUCAGAGGCACCAUCCAUCAUUGAGGAUAGUCGCCCCCCUCCAGGCUGGCCCUCAUCUGGGUCAAUCAGAUUUGAGGAUGUUGUACUUCGAUACAGGCCUGAACUUCCUCCUGUCCUUCAUGGCUUGAAUUUCACAAUUUUUCCAAGCGAUAAGGUUGGCAUUGUAGGAAGGACAGGAGCUGGAAAAUCUAGCAUGCUUAAUGCUUUAUUUUGA